CCCGAACUCAGGCCGGGACGGGCGGGACGCUGACGCCGCCCGCCGCCGCUGCCGCCUCCGCCGCUUCACCUCCUGCAGGAGGGGCCGCCUCUGGCCUCGCAUGGCCGCGGUGAUGUUCCUGCGCAAGGCAAUGCGUUACUACCGAUUGUGGAUUUACACGUGCAAUGCCGUCCUGCUCGUGUCAGUGUUCGUGUUCAUGGGCGUGGCGGGGGGCGUGGCCUCGCACCCGUACCUGUCGCUGGUGCCGGCGCCGCCCGCCUACCACCCGACGCUGCUCUACGGCUACCUGGCGCUGCUGCUGCAGGCCGGCGUGCUGCAGGCGCUGGGCUGCCUAGGGGCGCUCCGCCUCUCGCAGCGGCUGCUCAACAUUUACUGGCUCCUACUGCUGUUCCUGCUGCUGGGCGACGUGGUGGUGGGCCUCGUGUGGCUCUACCGCUUCUCGCACCUCACCGACGGCCUCACGCCUCACGUGCGCGCCACGCUGCUCGACCGCUACGGCCGCGACCCCGACGUCACGGAGGCGUGGGACACGCUGCAGCGCGCAGCCAAAUGCUGCGGCGUAGCGUCGCCGCGCGACUACAACACCACGUGGUGGGACGCGCGACUACAACACCACGUGCUGCGGCUGCCGGCGUCGUGCUGCCAGCGUAACGAGAGCGAUGCGGCGGAGCCCAGUGUGCGUCCGCUGUCGGGCAUCAAGGCCGAUCAGAAGGUGCGCCACGUGAAGGCGUACCCCGAGGCCGAUGCGAAGGGCCGCCUGCGCGCCGACUCGUACGGGGGCGGCGGCGGGCGCGGGCGGGACCGCAACCUGACGUGCGCCAACGGCGACGACAAAGAGUACUACACACGCGGCUGCGUCGUGCACCUGGAGAAGUGGCUGAUGACGUCGGCCGAGACGCUGAUGAUCCUGGGCUUCUGCGUGAUCGCCUUCAUCAAGCUGUGCUUCGUGGGCAUCCUGCGCUUCGAGAUCCAGGAGAUGAUCCAGAAGAUCAAGGUGCUGCAGGGCGAGACGCAGUGCACGCCCAACCCCGAGCUGGCGGCCGCGCUCGGCCUCGUGUCGCCUGACAAGGCGGCCGAGUGCGGACUGCUCAGUUCGGGCGGUGGCGCGGGCGGCGGCGGCGAUGGCGCAGGUGGCGGCGAAGGUGAGGGCGGCGGCGGCGGCGACGCGCACGCCGACGCUGAGUCGGUGGCCGAUACGCCGCUGACGCAGCCGCGCCUCAACCACCUGUCCGGCCCGACGGACGGCGCCGAGUCCGACACCAACUCGCACUGCGCCCUCAUCACGGACACGCCCGUGCGCCGCCCGCAGCCCGACAAGCGCAAGCCCAACGGCAACAACAACGACGUGACGGAGCUACGUGAGCUGCGCCACGUGCGCCAGACGCAGAUAUGA